AUGACAUACGCUGGGGAGCAGUGCCUUCGGUUUGCGCUCCAGGAUCCGCGUGUACAGAAUUUGGACAAGCUGUCGAGGUACUACAUUGAUUACUACAGCCAGCGCAUCUGCAAACUGUACAUCCUGCACGACAGCAGCAGCAACCCGUUCCGCAGCCUGCUUCCCUAUGCAUUGGAGGAUCUACCCUUGCUCAAGAGCAUCAGCGCUCUUGCGGCGCGGCAUUUUGCGAAUACUGGGUAUUUAUUCGAUACGACCGUGGUUGAUUCCAGUGCCCAUGCUUCUGCCAAAUCUGCAAACGCGAAUUUUGAUGCACUCCGUUUCAAAUCGCAGGCUAUAGCCGCCUUAGCGGAAAGCCUGAGGGCGGAUACCCCGAAGUCAAAUGUGAAGGACACGACGAUGGCAACCAUCUUGCUCCUUAUCUUCCUGGAGCUCCUAGAGUCGGGCUUGGAUGGCUGGGAUGUCCAUCUAGAAGGAGCCAGAAGUCUCGUCCAGUUUUGCCAGUCGCUCAGUCGCAGUAGUGCGGGCAAGAAGCGUGGGUCUGAGAUGGGCGAAGCACUAAGAGCGUUCAUUGACAGACAGAUCGAAACUCUAGGGGCUGCUCUUUCUUCUCCCGACUCCCCAUUCAUGGGCCCAGAUUCUGCGGGCUACCAAUGUGGAGGUAACGAUGGACGAGAGUCAGAGUCUAUUAUUCGAAGCUUCCUCGGAUGCCCUGAGUUCCUACUCCGAUCCAUACAUUUCUUCUCCAACCAAAGACAUCUUAUUGCGGAGGCCAACUUAGCUCUGUAUAAUGACGACGUUGUCAGCGACCGUAUCCAAGAUACCGUCGCGAUGCUGGAGCUGACCCAGACGUUCGAUUCCUUUGCAUGGGCUUCCGGGUUCCUGCAAUGCCAAUCAAGUGGGUCUUCUGGGUGUCCAGCAGAGAUACAGAACCUCUGUAUGUUGUCCGAGGCAUACAAAACAGCUACUCUACUCUACGGAAGACAAGUCAUAGGCCCCCUGUCGCCGGCAACAGAGAACACAGAGAGUGAGCUGGUCCUCCAAUUACUCAACCUAAUCAAUGCCCUCAGAGACCAAGAGACGCUGUUCAAAUGCCUCCUCUGGCCGACCUUCAUCGCCGGCCUCCAUCUCCAUUACCUGCAGGUGGAGCGAGAGCGACACCAUCAGCAGAUGUUCGUCCUCGAUUCUCUAAGAAGGCUCUGGGACCUGACAAGUUGCCUGAAUGUCAUGACUGCCACGAAUAUUCUGAAGGGGAAUUGGAGACAAAGUGCCCUUGGAUUUGCAGAAACGCAGAACACACUACAAGGCGUUGUUUUGGAUCGGCACUGGCUGUUGAUAUGA